AUGGCAUCCAUUGCGUCCCUACUAAAUCCGGAACCAGAAGAUUUUCAGAGAAGCCAUCAGCUUCCUACGCCGUCUUCCAGUCGAUCAAGAGACUUUACUACAGCACCACAGAGACAGAAAAGGCAAAAGUUAUCCAAGGACGGUGCCGUCUUCACUAGAGGAAAGGUCAAGGGCGAAGUCAGAUAUCCUCCCUGUGAGUACCAAGACACAGAGCUAGAAAACGCUCAUAGAGAGUUUGAAAUCCAUCCGAUGGGACACAUUACAGAGUUCCCUCGACAUAUACCUUACAACAGCGAAAAGAAGUCAUUUCUUGAAAAGACUGGACGGGAAAGCUUUGAAGUUUUCCAAUAUACGUUCAGAAUCCCCGGUGAAGAUAAAAUACAUACGGUCAUGUGGGAUUAUAACGUUGGCCUCGUUCGAACGACGUCGCUUUUUAAAUGCAAUAACUACCCCAAGACCGCUCCAGGAAAGAUGCUCGAUGCAAACCGAGGCCUUCGGGAGAUAUGUCAUAGUAUCACGGGCGGAGCUCUAGCCGCACAAGGGUAUUGGAUGCCCUUUGAAGCAGCUAAAGCCGUUGCGGCUACGUUUUGCUGGAGGAUCCGAUAUGCCUUGACGCCACUGUUCGGGAGGGAAUUUAUAUCAAUAUGCAUUCCACCAAGUGACGAAAGGUUUGGCAGAAUGAUCAUUGAUCCGGAGAUCAUUCGAUCAGCCGCUAGCACUGCAGAUCGCUUGCGUCAUCUAGAAACAAAGCGAAGUUCGCCCAGUUUAUUGCCGAACACUAUUGCAUACUCCCCAGGCACUGAAGGUUCGCCCCGCGCGCAUGCGAAGAACCUAAGGCUUAAACAUAUUCGCAAGCCUGUGGUCAACUAUGAACAUGACGAAGAAAUUGCCAGUCGCGAAUAUUGCCGGCCUCGCGCACUUCCCCACAGUGGCUGGACUGCUAGAAACGCUUUGCGGACAGCAUCCUCGGCGCAACUGAGUAUACCGUCGCCCGGGGAGAUUCUCGCCUCCCUCUCGGGCAUUCACGACAGGCGACGAAGGGUAUCGGCUGUCUAUGAAUCCGACUCGGUCGCUGAUGACGUUAGCCUGCCACCAAAAUCGGCUGCAUCCGAAUCAAGCGAUGGCUCCUAUACCGAUGGUGGAUCGAUGAUGGAGUCCUCGGACUCUGAGCCGGACGACCCGCUAAGAAGGAGGAAUUCUCCUUUACCGCUGACGAAUGAUGCAAGAGCAGCGUAUAUGCUGAUGCGAUUGCAUAUGCAGGAAGCUGUGGGGGUGGAUGAUGAUUCCCAGCGGAAGAAGCGUCGAGCGUCGACGUGACAUGCCUAGCUCUAUUUUAUCCUCUCUUGGUUGAUACGCCUGAAAUGGAGAGAUUGUUCCCCCAUUCCAUGUUUUCAUUUGGGAAGGUUUAGGGUCUGCAAUGUGUUUUCGGAUACUCUGGGAGAAAGAAAUUGCCUUUUGUGUUUAUCAAUCUAAUCGUGUCUUUCACUCAUUUGGCUGGAAGUCUGAAAACGGCAGCUAUGCACAUUAAAGGAGAGACUUUCUUGUUAUGCGUUAUUGAUUGGGAUACUGUUGGCAGAUAUUGGCUGAGUAUGCGGUUAUGAGCUCCGGGAUGGGACUCAGGUAUUAGAGUCAAGAGGCUAGACCAUGGCUUUGCUCUCUAAAAGUGCUCUCCGCUUCUUCCGCUAGCCGAUGUUUUGUAUCGGCUGUCUUCCUCUAUGUUAAUUCCGGAUUGAGUUCGUUUGAUUUAAAGGUGGAUGAAUUCUCCGAACUGAUAUUUAGUGUUUAAUAACUAAUUUCGGACUCCCUUUUGGCUCCUUCUGAA